UCGCUCUCUUCCCUUCUCUUCUUUUCCUGCCCCCCUGCGGUGGCAAGAAGGGGGACUCCGGUGUAGGUGAACUGAUUUUAUCCGCCGCGCGGAGCGUCUGCGUAGGCGGGAGGCCGUUGGAGCAGCGGUUUCGGGCCGGUGGCUGCUGAGGUGCGGCGCAGUAUGGAGCGGGAGUCCUCCCGCAUCCCCGUGUACGGCGCGCUCCACCGCGGCGGCCCCACAGAAAUACAAAUGGUGUUUCCUUCGAAGAAACAAUGUGUCAGCAAAACAGCUGAGCUGGAGUUCAGCAAGGAUCCCAAUUUUAACUUUAGCUCAAAUAUUCCAGGAGAUGGUGUCUUCAAAGCUACAAACCAAGGGUUUCCUAAGUCUGCCAAGAAAACAGAACUUGUUUCAAAAAAGACAGCUGCAAGAGGACCUCUAAACAGAUAUAAGUUGGAGGCAGAGCUGAAGACCAAGAAUCAGCUGUUAGAAACAGCCAAACAGCAACUGCACUCCCGACUAGCAGGUGCACAGGGCACCAUAAAGGAGCUAAGGGAGGAGAAUGAAGGCCUAGUACAAGAAGUUGAGAAGCUCAGGAAGUUUCAGGAGACCUGCAUGGUGAUUUUGGAAAGCAGAAACAUUGAUCCGGUUACAGGCAGCAACAUUUUGGAGGAGGAAGAAAAGACAAAGGAAUGUCGGAAGCAGACAACGCUGUUAACUGAGCAACUCAUAGCAGAAUUGAGGCUAUUUAACCAAGCAGCUGUGAAAGAAAAGGAAUUGCUUCAGACAGCAAUGGCUCAGUGGAAAUCUGCCGAAGAAGAGCGACGCGAGUCCCUAGAGAAGCACUCCUCCUUCCGAGCUGAACUGGAGCAGUGUUCAGCGAUGCUCGAUCAGGUGGAGCUGCUAUUGGCCAUGUGAGAUGCAAGGACUGACUGCGAGGACUGACUGCGCUGCCUUCUUUAAAUGUGUUUUUCCUUCUGGUUCAACUACUGUUCACAGUGUAAACCU